AUGUCUUUCCCAACCAUCGCUUCCUCGAGGUUUGUCUGCAACGCCUGUCGCAGCGCACGCACCUUGCCUCGGACAUUCUCACGAUGCGCCUUCACCACGAGUGCAAUCCCAAGAUUAGACAGGAACGAUGCUGUGUCGCAGCAAGACACAACAGACGUUCUGGACGAGUCCAAAGAGGCUGCACCAGUGCCCCCUCAACAAGACAACGCCAUCCCAUGGUACCUGAGACAACAGUCGUCGGUCCAGUCGCCCACGCUGAACCCCGCUGAAGUCCCACAUCUCCCGCCAAAUCCGCCACCACUCCUGCAAACACUACUCGAAUACGUUUCCAUCACGGCCGGUCUGGACGAUUUACAGUUGCUCGACCUCCGAAAUCUCGACCCCCCGCCUGCGCUCGGCCCCAAGCUGAUUAUGAUCAUCGCAACAGCGCGCUCUGAAAAACAUCUGCACGUAGCAGCCGAUCGCUUUUGCAGAUGGCUCCGACGUGAACACGGCUUGAAGGCGAAUGCAGCUGGCCUGUUGGGUCGCAAUGAGCUAAAGAUCAAACUGAGGCGAAAGGCGAAGCGCAUGAGAAUGUUGGCAAAUGUUGGUGGCGCUGCACCCGAGGGGAACAUCGAUGACGGCAUACGGACCGGCUGGAUCUGCUGUACACUUGGGAAGCUGGAAGCACAUGCCGACGACACGCACAUGCCAGGAGCGGACGUGGAGCAGUUUGUGGGAUUCAGGGACAUCAAGCCUGGCGUCAACGUUGUCGUGCAGAUGUUUACAGAGGAGAAGAGAGCCGAGACAGACCUCGAGACGUUGUGGGGUGGGGUACUGAGAACGCACCAAAGGAAGGAUAAGAGCGCUGAUGAAGCGUUGAAGGAGUUGGAACAAGACAUUGAAGAUCUGGAAGAGGAUGCCCAAGACCCUGAAUAUCAAACACAAGAGUCAGCUCAAGCGGUCAACAAGUCACCCACCGAGCCCAGCAAAUCUACCAGCCGUCCAGCACCCGCGCAGCAGACGUACCGCCCUCGUCCUACUCCGAGCGAUCUUUUCCCACCAGCUCCGACGUCCGACGGCAGGAGACAGAUGCGCCGUUUACAUACAGUUGGCUUUAGAUGA